ACUUGGUGUACCACAGCACUAUGGUGCAAGAGACAACAAGAUGCAUCUUUGAAGCGCUGCUGAAUUUCGGAUGCUCUCUACCAAAGACUCUUGAGCUCACAAUUAGUUUUCAAUGACCCAGAAAGACCAACCAACAACUUCAAGCACCAAGCAGCAGAAGCAGAAGCAACAGCGCUACUACUAGUAAUAAUAACAUCCCCUCUUCCAUCUACUAGCUAGCAAGAGCUUGAGCACAAUCCAAUCAUCCAAAAUAAAAUCACCAUGGCGAAAGAUUCCACUUGCGGCGCUGAACCUCCCAGCCUGAACUUUUCGAGAACAAGAAGUGGCGAAGUGGUCAACCCUGGCAACGGCCACCGCAAAGAUGGCCGUUAUUUCCCUACCAAUUCCCCCCGUGAUCCCCGUACUGGUACUGGUACUGUGACUCCUGCAAGUCCCUCUUGUUUGGCCAAGACGAGGACCAUGGCGCUAUCGGUAGAAGUAGAACAAGCUUCAACAGUUACUGAGGUGCCAGUAGUCCCAGUACAUGUACCAGUACCAGUUGCUACUAGUACAGGACGCACCAGUCGAAGAUCUCGGAUUGCAAAUCGCAGCAAAACGAAUGACGGAAUUGUGGGAUUCAGGAACAACAUUAACCCCAACCCUAACCUGGGAAAUCCAAGAAUGGCAAUGACAAGCCCCUACCAAAAUCAACUCUACCAGCACAAUGGUAAUGGGGGCCUAAGUGGGAGUAGUGGGAGACUUGCUACUAUUGGCAACGGCAAUGCCAAUGCCAAUGGCACUGGAGGACUUCGCAGAAGAAACAGCUUCAAUGACAGCUUGAGCAGCAUGAGCAGUCUGGAGGAUUCUUGGAGUAACUUCAAUGACAGCAACAACAACAACAACAGUAACAACAACCAGAAGAACAAACAAAACUUUCAAAAUAAAUCCAUGCUGCAUCUUGCACCACCAAUAUCAAAAAGAAACAAUCAGGGACUUAACCAGGGAAAUAUACUCUUUUUUGAAGAUGAAGAUGACGACGAAGAUGAACCCCCUACAGCCAUUGCUUUCCCCAACAAUGUACAUGUAAGAAAGCCAAAACUCUCCAGACAAACCACUGCUCCAUCUGCCUUCACCAUGCCAAAGGCAGCGGCUCCUUAUGCCAGACAGUACUCAAAUGGAAGCUCCCAAAACAAAAACACCACCACCACCACUACCACUACCACUACCAGUACUACUAUGGCCAUGCAUAGAGAACCAUCACAGCUCAAAAUCGUUGCAGGACAACGUCGCAGGUCUGUCAACGACUACUCACCCAGCGGCGUCACAAUGCUCACCACGAACAAUGCAAGCACCCACAGCAACACGGUCGUCUCACAACCCAGCAUAUCUACACCAAGAAACCCGCCUCGAAGGGCACACACGAUGAACGAAGAGUCUAACCGGAGCGCGGGAAGUCAGGGAAGACGCAUGGUGGCCCUUAGAGGACGCAUGAACAUGAACACGACCAUGAGCAUGAACGAAGACUCUAACCAGAGCCAUGGCAAUGGCAGUCAGGGGAGUCGCGUCGGCAUGCGACGGAUGGCGGCCAUCAACCGCACACAGAGCAACCCUGCCAGUCUCGCUUCCAGCAACUACAACCGGCGUCAACAGCAACAGCAACAUGAACAGCAACAGCAACAACAACAACAAGAUACACAGUUCCGUCGCAGUAUCGGUACUAGUAUGCAUAGAGGUAGUCCCACACGUCCCACACCACCUGAACGCACUUACAGCACUGGACCACCCAGAAUCAUCACAACCACCAACAACACCAACACACAAGUCGAACCAACCCAUCGAAACAGCAACAUUAGCCGCAACAGCAACAGCAGCAACCAAUCCUUCUCAAGCAACAACAGCUACAGCAACAACAACACCAUGAUCGAAAUACAACCGGGACUUGAAGCGCCACUACGAAACACACAAGAAACUAUGGAAGCCAUUGCCUGCAAUUUUGUUACCGAGACAUCCUGCCUCGCAUGCACUGUACAGCUUUAUCACAUUGCAAAUGCAAAAUUCUAUAUUUGUCCAGCCUGCAGAGUCGUUAGUCCCACUUUUUCGGAACAUCGCGAUGAACAUGGGGUUGGAUUGGGAUUUUCACAAGAAACGUUGAGAGAGUCACAACACAGUGCGGGUCAAUCCAUGCGGAACCGGUAUUCUUACUAACUCACUAAUUUACUUUACUUUUUACUUUACCAAUGG